GUGUUGUGCGUUCACUCCCUCUUGGAGCAUACAGACGUGACGAUCAUGUACGACAACGAGGCCCUCUACGAUAUUUGCCGAAGGAACCUGGACAUUGAGCGCCCCACCUACACCAAUCUGAACCGCUUGAUCGCCCAGAUCAUCAGUUCCCUGACGGCCAGCCUUCGCUUUGAUGGAGCCUUGAACGUGGACAUCACGGAGUUCCAGACGAACCUGGUGCCGUACCCGCGCAUCCACUUCAUGCUCACGUCCUAUGCUCCGGUCAUCUCUGCCGAGAAGGCAUACCACGAGCAGCUGUCCGUGGCUGAGAUCACGAUGUCCGUCUUCGAGCCGGCGUCCAUGAUGGUGAAGUGCGAUCCUCGGCACGGCAAGUACAUGGCCUGCUGCAUGAUGUACCGCGGCGAUGUUGUGCCAAAGGAUGUGAACGCAGCCGUGGCUACAAUCAAGACCAAGCGCACCAUCCAGUUUGUG